UUUUUUUUGAACAAUCAUCAGAAGAGAAACUACUCCUCAUCCAGUUUCACUUUGAUGAGCCACAGAGCAGCAAAAGACUUUUAGCUUGUGCCAAGUACUGUAUCAUAGAUGAGAAAAGGAAAUCAACAGGCACAGGCCCAUCACAUGUUGUGCUGGCCACUAAAGUCCCACGAGUCCUGGGAGGCUGCAGCUACCUGGCAUUUGGCAGUGGUGAAUGGAUGUCAGUCCACUUGGAUGAUCUGAUGCCAUCAGACAACUUUACAGCCAACCUAGGCCAUCUCAGCAAAAUGACUAUUGCUGAGAUUUUCAUGACCACUUUACAUGAGCAUCUCCCAACAGGUUCUCAAGAGGAAUCUGCUGCACUUGAAGAUCCAGCCAAGUCCAAUCUUUACCCAGAAGGAAAUCUCCUCAGCAUGGAUUCUAUGAUCAAACAGAGCAUCCAGAAAGCUGUAAUCCAGCUGGAAGACAAGACAGACAACAGUCGGCAUGCCACUGAAAGAAUCAUGAUCAUUCACAACUUGCUUUUCCAGGACAGUAGAACCACAUUUUCUAGUCAUUUCAUGAGAGUGCUGAAAAGGAGAAUCUGCCUCCUCCUACAAGAACGUGAGAAAAUAAGUCUUGAGCCAAGGGAGUGGGUUUUCCACAGAGCUGUCUCCAGCAAGUUCAUCCUUGAAGACACUUCAUUCAGGCAUGCUCUCUGGAUGCAUUUAGAAGACAUCGUGGCCAAUCUAUUUGCUCAAAUUCUCGCAGUGGUGGAUGCAAACAAUAACCUGGAUCACCUCUCUCCACUGUCUCUGUUCUCAGAAAUGUGGCUUCAGAUGUUCAAAGAAGAAUCAUUCUUGAGAAUUAAAUAUACCAGCAAGAAACAAGAUGCUAAGAUUUCUGUGUUGUCAACGACUGAAGAUCCCAACACAUCUGUGUUUUGCCAGUUCCCAUUCAGUUGGGUUUUGAAGGCCUACCUGGAGGAACUAUGGGAGAGAGUCUAUAAUAUGAAAGGUCAUCCAAAAGUGCCUAUGAAGGAACCAGCUAAAUUGUUCCAAGAGCUGAUCAAGAAUGUGUUGAUACCAGAUGGAAGUAAUCCAGAGAUGAUGCAGUGUUACACUAAUGAUUUUCUAAGGAUGAAUUUUCCUGGGCAAGAUCUUUCUGUCUAUGAGGUUCUGUCAAAAGCUCUCCUAGUCAACGCAAAACAGCUCUGCUCCUCUGUGGGGCAGGAGGAGGUAAGCUUUUCCCCCAUUUGGCUUCAUAUGGAAUAUUUCUACCUACGAGAGGAGUAUCAACUCUUUGUUCAGUUGGUAAAAAUUGAUGAGUCUGUAAUAAGAGAGCUACAAAACAUGUAUGAGAAGGAUCCACCAGAAAUGGUAAGCUAAAAGGAAUCUACACUGUGUAGAAAAAUAUUAUACAUCCUUUUUCUUGUGUUAUCCUGGGUAUGACAUUCAUCCG